GCUGCCAUCAGUGAAAGACAAAGACAGAGUUUAUUGAAGGACAGUGAGAAGAUGAGUGAUCCAGAACCCUGCAGAAUUAAACGGGAAGAGACUGAAGAACUAAUAGAUGUGUUGGUGAAGGAAGAGAGUGAAGAACUGAGUGAAGAUGAGGAGAAGCAUCACGUCAAAACUCACGCAAAGACCGAACAGGUUUUUUCAGUGGAAAGAACAGCCGUAAAAGGUUUCACCUGCACUCAGUGUGGAAAGAGUUUCACCUACCAAUCUGAUCUAAAGCUUCACAUGAGGAUCCACACCGGAGAGAAACCUCACAAGUGUUCACACUGCCAUAAGGUAUUCAGUCAUUCAGGAAACCUGAACGCGCACAAAAUGAUUCACACUGGAGAGAAACCGUACACAUGUGCUCAGUGUGGGAAGAGUUUUACACGACAGUCACAUUUAUCACAACACCAGAAGAUCCACACUGGGGUGAGGGAGUUUGUCUGCUUUGAGUGUCAGAAGACUUUUAUUUCAGCUGGAGACUUGAGACGACACCAGAUGACUCACACUGGAGAGAAAAUGUACGCGUGUUCACACUGCGACAAGAGGUUCGGACAGUUACAAAUACUGAAGAUACAUGCAAGGAUUCACACUGGAGAGAAACCGUACACAUGUACUCAGUGUGGGAAGAGUUUCACGCAAUUAUCAAACCUCAAGCGACACCUGCUGCUCCACACUGAAGGGAAAACACACGACUGUGAUCAAUGAGGCAAAACAUUUAGGGUUUCUUCAAGUUUUAUUCUCUUAGAGUUUUACAAACAACAAAACAUACCUUCUUGAGAACUUUCCGGUAUUCACAGACAUCAGAUUUCACAGUGUAUAUGUUCAUACAUUACAAUCAUUUGUUAAUAGGUAAGCCCACAUGGAAUCUGCGCACGCAGAAGUCCACUGAUUUUUAGCCCGUC